GCGGUGACUCGCAGAAAGUGUAGUGUACCGUCUAGGUGGGAAAAUACAAAGGACAUGGCAGGGAAGAUUGGUUCUACUCUGUUUACAUAUAAAUAAACUCAUUGAAUAUGGAGGGACCUGCGAAUGUGGACACUGUCCGCAAAUGGUCUCAAGAAAUUGACCGCAUGAUCAAUUCUAGCAUUGACGAAGGCCGUGUGCAGGCUAUUCUCAAUGGUUUAUUAAAGGGCUCUUUGUCAUAUACUAUACUCAAGGAUUCCGAUAUAGGUAGGAAAGUGAAUAUGCUGCGACGCGAGCAUCUGGAGUCCUUUCCGGAGCUCAAGCAAGGUGCCCGAGAGUUGAUAAAGCUAUUCAAGAACAUCAUGGCCCAAGGCAAAAGCGCGAGUGCAGCCGCAACCGCAAAGGCAAAGCAGCCAGUACCACCCAGUAGUCUCACCAUGAUCUGUAAAAAGACUGGAACAUCGAGUGGCAAGACUGACAAAGGUUCUGUAUCUAUACCAGUGAAUAACAGCAAUAGUAAGCAAAUCAAUCAACCCACUAGUGUCAAUAGCGUGCCCAAAAUGAAACUCAAGAUCGCCAUCAAGUCGCCACCUACGUCGACAUCGAAUACGCAGGUAAGACCUCUGGUUGUUGAAAAUAAACAGGACACCAUACAGAUUGUAUCAUACCCAAAGGUGAAAUCUACACAGGGUAUGAACCCGUCGAGAUCACCCGCAGUGAAUGCCACAUCGUCUCACGCUGAGGGGAAAUCUCAGGGCCACGGCCAUGGCGACAGUACUCGAUCCGGGGUAGUGGAUCAUCAAAGAAGGAAUGGCUCGAAAGAUGUACAACGUAAAAGGCAACCCGAUCCCAAAUCCUCGGGCGAGCUUGACCUCUUCACACGCAAAAAGGCCCCUCGUAUUCAACUGAAGUCUGCACAUAAGGACGGGUAUUCUGCCGGACACAGGACUCCUCUGAGCAACACAUCUCAACAGCACCGGUCACCACAACCACACGCACGGUCACCGCAACCGCACGCUCGAUCUCCGCAACCACCACCAAAGUCACCCCAGAAACUAUCAAGGUCACCACAUCCGACAUUUAGGUCGCCACGACCAACAGUAAAGUCACCAAAUCCGACAUCCCGGUCGCCACAUCCAACUUCAAGGUCGCCACAUCCGACGUCACGGUCGCCACAAAAGCAGUCGCAGGUACAACGACAGCCGUUAAGGUCUCCGCAACCACCACCGAAACCUUCACAACCUCAGCCACGGCUGCCACAACCUCAACUGGGAGGAGGAAGGGAUAGGCUACAGAUCAACCGCCCCCCAACAUCACAACACCCGCAGAAACGGGAAGCUAGCGAAGCACCCCUGGAAUCGCAGCCUGUACUGAAGAAACCCCAGAUUGCCAAGGCAAAACCGGCGCCUUUGUUCAAUUCGGGAAGUAAGCAUGUGAACCAGCGUGUGCGGCGAGAGAAUGCCGAAGAUGAGGCACGGAGGCGGCAGGCUCAGCAGCGGAAGGUUGACGCGGCCAAGAAUUCUGACCGCUUCUACAAUGAAUACCAGCACACAGAAACUGAAAAGUUGGAACAAGAAAGAAUCAAACAACUCAAACUCAAUCCUCCACCGGAUAUGGAGACGAAGCAGGAGAUAAAGACUACAGGAAAUGUUAGCGCAGAAGUGCAAGACGCCACUGUGCGGGCUUCGACACCCGCUGGCCCGCAAAAGCCGCCUAAACCUUCUCCAGAAGAUCUUCUGCCGAAGCUACGCAUCCCCGAACGACACCCGGCGAACGCCCGAUUGGCAAACCCAAAGAAUUUAGUAAGCACCGUUCACGCCGCAUACAAUGUGAAUCGGCGAUGGAAGGGUGUGGAUGGAGACGUAGGCUCAGAUGGAACUUGGAGAAAAUACAGUCAGACACAGGCAAUAUCGGUAGCUCCCGGACACCAUAUGGUAGUUGCGCCAUAUUCAACACCAUUCUCUAGAGAACGGUGACAGGAGGAGCCAUGACAGUCGCAAUAUAAACUAGCAGCCAAUAAAAACUAAUAGCAGCC